CAGGAGAUAAACUAAAGAGGAAACGCACGUGACAUCCACCGCAACUCCCUCCUACUGCAGACAAGACACCAAAUUGUGACACAAUGAAAGUGGCCGUUGUCUUCAUCCUGCUCUUCGCCACAGUUCUCUGUCGGCCUGCGAGGAGAAUGUUUGACAGCAGCUCAGAGAGUUCUGAAGAAGUGGUGAGACGACCUGCGGCUCGAUACAUGAGGAAGCAGGCACCAGUGGUGCCUCAGACUCAUGCAGCUGUUGUACAGAACGUCGCUGCAGCUUCAGACGAGAGCAAAGACAGCACAGAUGAGGUCAUGGAGGCAGCAGAGACUCCAGUUCUGCAAUUUAAAUCUGGCAGCUGGGACGCAACUCUAGCCCCAGAUUCAACCACGGACGGCGGUCAGGACAGUGAUGACAGCGACGAGGAUGAUGAUGACACCGACGAGAAUGACACAGAUGAGAAUGAGGAUGAUUCCAAUGACACAUCGGAAUCGGGUGAGUCCUCCACUGUCGCCCCGACAACCGUAGGCCCCACAGUGGUCACAGAGGUGUUUGUGGUUGAAACAACUGAGGAUUACAUCAAUCCCACCAUCGUCACCGAUGAUUCGGCCCGUGGAGACAGUUUGGGACACCCUAGCGACUACAAGUCCAUCUAUGUAGAGGACAAAUCCUACCACAAGAUUCCUGCUCCCUACAAGUCCUACGAGUACUACGACACUGGGAAGAAGUCGUCCUACGACACGAUAGACGGGAACGAGGUGGAGAAGUCGCUGAAGGUGUAUAAGGCUCUUCAGGUUCACGCUGAGCUGCUGGAGGAGGACACCAGCACUCCUGAGGUGGAGAGUCAGGGUCUGGACGGACAGGACCAGGAUGUCAGUCCUCGCCAGGCUUCUCUCCCAGUGGAGGCAGAGAGCACCACCACCAGUGAGAACGACAGCUCCAGUGCCACACAGGAAGAGGAGGAGCAGGAGGAGGAUGAGAGCACCAGUGCCGCCAACGACAGUGCCAGCGCAGAGUCCGAGGAUGCUGAGAGUCAGAGCAGCGAGGAGGCCACGGCCACGGCCGGCGCUGCCGACAGCGACUCGGACGAGAGUGAGUCAGAGGAGGAAGGGGCGGGGCCUGAUUCCUCCACUAAUAUGCCAGUGGUUAUCACUGCCAAAUAAGCCACACCCACCCCUCAGGAAACGGAGUGGAUGAGGGUUCACAUACAUGUUUUCUUUCUUCUGCAGGGCCAAACACGAACAAAUAAGGUUUCAUAUUAUUCAUUUUAACUCAUCACCAUUACUGAGAGUUUUAUCAAUACGUGGGAAUGUUUUUGUCACUGCGUCACAUCUAUUUAAGCUGCUAACUAAUGAAACCAGAAUCAUUUCAUUCAUUUAGUUACUGCUUUAGUUGCAGCUCUGCUCUGAUCUUGAGUGAAUCCUGAGUCUCCUUCAUCUGGACACUCUGAAUGACUUGUUACUCGCUGUGUCUAUUUUUGCACUCAAUAAUCACAAAAUACAUUGAGAACUGGACAUUUCAAACCCUAACCUAACCCUAACCCUAACCCAAGAAUGCUAAUGCAGAUGUAUAAUUUAGUUUGUAAAAAAAAAGAAGUGUUUGAUGUAACUGAGGAUUUUUCUACCUGCAACAGGAGGUUGACUGACCUUGUCCCCUUCGUCCCCUUCGUCCCCUCUGCCCUCUGUCACUGCAGAGCACACGGUUAAAACUGGAACAAAUACACACACACACACACAGUAGGGGUCUGGCGUCCACACAUUUAGUCACGAGUUACAACAAAAGUGCACACUUUUAUUUAAACCUUUGUUAAACUGUUUAAACGCUUCGUAAUCUUUCCUUUUGUCGUAUGUGCUGGUGUAGAUACAGAGACAGUGGCUCACUCACUCACUCACUCACUCACAGUCCAGUCCAUUUGCACAGAACCUACCUACACUACAUGUUGUUUGUCUGUAACGCUGUAUAAUGUACCAUAUUGUACCAUUUAUAAAAUAUUAAUAAAGUCUUUUUUUCAUAAAAACAUUGGA